UUGUUGAUAAAUUAAAAUCUAAAUCUUUGCUUUGGAUUUAGUAAACUUAAAAAUUGAGUACUUGUUCGGUGUUUAAACUUUAAAACGUCAUUCAGUAUGCAACGGUCAUAAUUAGCAGGUUUGAGUUUUUUUUAAAACUUAAGAUGUUGGGUUCAUCGGAUAUAUAAAUCCACUACUUAUUUUUAAAUGUUCAUAAAAAUUUAAAUAUUAGUUAUUUAAUUUUAAAGUUAAUAAUUUAGAUAUUAUUAUUGUAUGCAACUUUAACAGUUUAUAUAACCAUGUUAGUGGAUUUGAAUCGAAUUCUCACUAAAUUCCCUACUCAACAUUUGGCGUACUGUUUUGCUUAUGGAUCUGGUGUAUUUCAACAAGCUGGUCGUACGGAUCGUGCAAUGGUGGACCUAAUAUUUGUUGUAAACGAUACACAUAACUUUCAUCGGGAUAACUUAACAUUUAAUCCAAAUCAUUAUUCAUCUAUUCGCUACUUAGGACCAUCAAUAUUGUCAAGUGUUCAAACUUCAUUUGGUGCUAAUGUUUAUUUUAAUACGCAUAUCACUGUAGGCAAUUUAAUAUUCAAGUAUGGCAUUAUAGAUAUGAAAGAUUUUUGUCAAGAUUUACAGUCAUGGCGUACACUUUACAUAGCUGGUCGACUUCACAAGCCUGUGCUAACGCUACAAGAUAAAGGAUUAAAUGAUUUGGUUAUGCAUAAUCUAAGAAGCGCUAUGCAUGCUGCUCUUCUUCAGUUACCAGAAAAAUUUACAGAAACAGAUUUAUAUAUUGCAAUUGCAGGCCUAUCUUAUCGAGGAGAUUUUCGUAUGAUAAUUGGCGAAGACAAGAACAAAGUGGCCAACAUUGUACAACCUCAAAUAGAAAAAUUUAGAGCAUUAUAUACACCAGUUUUUAAAUCAUUAAGUGAUAAACUGUCUAUGCAUUCAUUUAUAGAACAAGACAAGAGUUUGGAGAGCAAAUUGUAUCAUUUACAAAAGUUACCACAAAAUUUGAAGAAUAUUUUAUUCAGACCUUAUAAGAAUAAAUUUAAUGAUGACAGAAUAUUAGAAGAAUUAGCAAAACAAAAUAAUCUUAGUAAAAUUGUGCGCAAUGGAAUUUGUAGAAUAGUAUUUUAUUCAAGUCUUAUGCAAAGUAUUAAAGGAAUACCAACAGCCGGUUUACUAAAGUCUGUUGUCUAUAGCUAUAACAAAUUAAACAAAAUGGUUAAAUCUAUGUUUUUAUGAUUAAUUUUAUUACUUUGAUAAAAAUAGUAUUGUUUUGUUGUUAUAUAAUUGUAUUUGUAUUAGAUAAUUGAAAUAUUAAACUUUAUUUAUUAAUAUUAAA